UGCCCAGCGUUAUUUAAAGAGGCUUUUUGAGCUUUUCAGUCGCACCUGCAAUUUCCUAAAUUUGUAAGCUAAACUAAACUCAGCUCAUUGCACAUCCAUUCCUUCAUGGCUUUUAUUCCAUCAUCUUCUUCUUCUUCCCGUGGAUGCAAAUACGAUGUCUUUCUUAGUUUUAGAGGUGAGGACACCCGCACAAAAUUUACUGACCAUCUAUAUAGUGCUUUGAAACGAAAAGGCAUAUCCACUUUUAGGGACGAUGAAAAACUCAAGCGAGGAACGUUUAUUACCCCAGAGCUCUUGAAAGCAAUAGAAGAAUCAAGAUUUGCUGUCGUUGUUCUCUCAAGAGACUAUGCUUCUUCAAGUUGGUGUUUGACUGAACUAACAAAGAUUGUUGAGUGCAUGGAAAAAACACAAUUGGUAGUUCUACCUGUCUUCCAUUAUGUGGAUCCAAGUCAUGUGCGGAAUCAAAGGGGGACUUUUGCAGAAGCCUUUGCAGAGCAUGAAGAGCGUCUCAAGAAUAACGUAGGAAGUGUUCAAACGUGGAAAGCUGCUUUGACAAAAGUUGCUGAUCUCGCUGGAUGGGAUUUAAAGAAUAGACCUGAAUCUAUAGUUAUCGAAGAAAUCAUUAAAAGGAUAUUUAGUGAGUUGAAUUGUAAAUUCUCAAGUGUAUAUGAGGAUCUUGUUGGAAUGGACUCUUGUGUGGAGGAAAUGUUGGAUUCAUACUUGUCUGAAAGGUUGGAUGAUGUUCGUUUUGUUGGGAUUUGUGGGAUGGGUGGAAUAGGCAAAACAACUCUUGCGCAAGAAAUUUAUAAAAGAAUUUCUAAUCGCUAUGAAGCUACUAGCUUUAUUGCUAAUAUUAGAGAAGAAACUAAAACUCGAGGUCUAGUUUCUUUACAAAAACAACUUCUUUCCAAGAUCCUCAUGGAAAAUGAAAUAAAUGUAUGGAAUAUUCCUGAAGGAAUCAAUCUUCUGAGGAAUACACUAAGUAAUAAAAAGGUUUUUAUUGUUCUGGAUGAUGUGGAUGAAGAUGAACAAUUAGGAGCAUUAGCAGGGAAGCAUGAUUGGUUUGGUCCAGGGAGUAGAAUCAUUGUAACAAGCAGAGAUAGCCAUUUAUUGAAUAGAUGUGGUGUGAAUGAUGUAUAUAGAGUUAAGGGGUUGAAUAAUGAUGAUGCUUUGCAGCUUUUUAGUCAGAGAGCUUUCAAUAAACCUUAUCCUGAAGAAAAUUAUGUGGAUUUUUCUAAGGGUUUUGUGAAUUAUGCUCAAGGCCUUCCUUUAGCUCUUAAAGUUUUAGGUUCUUUGUUGUUUGCUAAAAGAAUGGAAGAAUGGAAAAGUGCCCUAGAUAAAUUAAAAGAAGAACCUAAUAAAAAAAUCUUGGAUAUACUUCAAAUUAGUUUUGAUGGGCUAACAUAUAUGCAAAAAGAAUUGUUUUUAGAUAUUGCAUGUUUUUUCAAAGGAGAAAACAAAGAUUGCAUAGGAGAUAAUCCAGACUACAAUAUUGGUGUUCUUGUGGAAAAAUCUCUCAUAACCAUUAGUGACAAUGGAACACUGUGGAUGCAUGAUAUGCUACAAGAAAUGGGUCAAGAAAUUAUACGUCAUGAAUCCCCUAAAGAGCCCAGUAGACGAAGUAGGUUGUGGUCUUAUGAGGAUGCCCUUCAUGUGUUGAAGAAUAAUACUGGAACUGAGGUUGUUGAAAGCAUGAUGCUAAUUGCACCUGUUCAAAAAGUGGAAAACUUGAGUGCAAAAGCCUUCUCAAAUAUGAAAAAACUAAGAUUGCUAAAAAUUAAUAAUACGCAAUCUUCAAAAGACCUCUUUAGAGGUAAUGUGCAAUUUUUACACGGCCUCAGUUAUCUUUCUAAUGAGUUACGGUUUUUGGAAUGGCAUGGAUAUCAUUUAAAAUCCAUGCCAACCAAUUUCCAACCAAUCAAACUUGUUAAAUUGAGGAUGUGUUUUAGUGGCAUCAAACAACUAUGGAAAGGAAUUAUGACUUUAGAUGAGUUAAAACUUAUUGACCUAAGUUACUCUCAAAACUUGAUUGAGACCCCGAACUUCAGUGGAGCACCAAAUUUAAAGAAGUUGAUUUUUCAAGGUUGUACAAGACUAUCUAAGAUUCAUGCAUCUCUUGGAAAUCUCAAACAGCUUAUUGAAUUGGAUUUGAAUGGUUGCAAAUCCCUCAAAAGCCUUCCUAACAAGAUCGGCUUGGAAGGUCUUGAAAUAUUUAAUCUUGGUGGUUGUUCAAGACUGGAGAAGUUUCCGGAGAUUGUGGAAAAUAUGCCACAUUUGUCAAAACUUUAUUUGAACGAGACUCCAAUAAAAGAUCUACCAUUCGCCGUGGAGCAUGUAACUGGCCUUAUUGAAUUGGAUCUAGAAGAUUGCAAAAAUCUUUCAAAUCUUCCAAAUGCCUAUUGUAGUUUGAUGUCUCUAAAAAUUCUCGUUUUAUCUGGCUGCUCAAAAAUUGAUGAACUACCAGAGAAUUUGGAAAACCUCAAAAGCUUGGAGAGGCUACAUGUGAGGGGAACUGCUAUAAAAGAGCUACCUCCAUCUGUAAGUCUCUUAGAAAAUCUAAAAGGACUGUGUCUUCGUGGAUGUGAAGGGAUAUCACCUAAUUCAUCGAAUAAGCUCAUCAGCUAUCAACGAAGAAGUCUAUAUCCCAUGGUAACGUUAGAGCAUUCUUUAGUAGGUUUAUGCUCUUUGACCGAACUAGAUCUACGUUAUUGCAAUCUUCAGUCAAUCCCAGAUGAAAUUGGCUGUAUGUGGUCUUUAUUACGAUUACAUCUAAGUGGAAAUAAUUUUAUUUGCCUUCCUGAAAGUAUGAUUCAACUAUCUAAUCUGAAAGUUCUUGGGUUGAAUUUUUGCACUAGUCUUCGAUCAUUGCCAAAGCUGCCAUUAAAUAUUCAGGCUAUUGGUGCAAGAUCUUGUACCUCACUGGAAACAUUUUCAAUAAGACCAGAGGACAAAUUUGUGCCGGCACUUGAUCUUACCAAUUGCGUCAAAUUGAUUGAGAAUCAAGACUAUAGUGACCUGUUGUCUGGAAUGCUAAGACGUUUUAUCAUUGAUGACCAGAGAUAUGAUAAUCGAGUACAGCACUACGGUCUUGUGAUUCCUGGAAGCGAAAUUCCGAAAUGGCUUAGCCACAAAAACGUGGGGACGUCAGUGAAUCUGCAAGUGCCUUCAGAUUUGUUAUGUAACAAAUUGAUGGGAAUCGUUGGGUGUUUUGUCUUUGUAUUCCGCGGGCAUCAACCAUUUGACCAACUUCAUACUUGUACUAGGGGAAGUAAUAGAUAUGCGCGUGUGCUUAUUUGUUCCGUAUACGCCAACGGAUGUGAAAUUGGCAAAAACAGACAUCCAGUAACCGGGAAUUUUGGUAAGAUUGAACCGAGUCAACUUUUACUGUUUUUUUUACCCUCUAUAUACUUCCAUCGUGACUGGAAAGAAAAAUUGAAUGGAGUCGAUGCUAACGGACUCACCCAGAUUGAGGUUAAAUUUGAAACCAAAGGUCCAGGCUUGGAGAUUACAAAAUGCGGGGCCAGCUUGGUAUUCGAACAAGACAUUGAAGAUCUCAAGCAAACAAAGGCUUGGCCUAGUAGCUGCAGCAUCACUCCUUAUGAGGAUGAUUUAGAUACCAAAAUUAAGAAAAGUCGUGAUGAGGCUGGACCUAGUGGAGAAGCUACGGGCCCUAAUGACAUAGACGCACCACACCCAAAGUGGAUACAACUCCCUAAUCUAAUUCAGAGUCUUGUGCCGUGCUUGGGAAACUGGCUUGGGAAUUUAUGUACACCAGGUAGAGGUAACCCUGAUUCUGUGGAGGAGGAAUUCCAGUGAAAGUGGUAGCUGCGCUGAAUCUGCAAGGCUGAUAACCCUGUUUUUUUCUCGUGAUUUUUGUUUGCUCCAAACUGGAUACUAUGAAGUUAUUGGAUCUUGUUUGCGAGGGAAAUUGUAACAUUAUAGCAGGCAAGAUAUGUGCAACUGAUUGUAUGCACAUCAUUUUUGUUUAAUUAUGUUAGAGGGUAAAAUCAGCACUUUCGUUGCUCUAUUUAUGAUAUAUAUUAGUACAAGUUUCCAUAGGAGAAUACAAUAGAUGCAUCCCACUUAUUCGGGCUCUGUUUUUUCUUUCACUACAUUAACCCUUCUGAAAUCUGCAAAGGAGCCAAUGAGAUUUUCGGAUGUAUUAUAUAUGGUCUCUGAGGCGAUGAUGAAUUUUGUUCAGUUUGUUGGUUAGAAUGCUGUGGAAAUUUUGCCUUUUCGUUUUCAAAUUUCAAUGGACUAUCUUCUAUCAAUUGAAUAUCUUUAAUUGUGUAAUUGCUGAUCAGAAUCAUCUUUAUUAAUGUACUCAGCACAAACUUCUAUUUUAUUUAUUUAGUUUUACCUGUUGUCUAUGCAUUUCUUUUUCAGUCUAUGAGCAUAAAGAUACGAUUCUUGUCAAUUUGCGAUUAAUUAGAAACUUCUCAUCAUCUUAUUUGUAAAGAGGUCAUGCAAUGGUGGAUGGCAGAGACAUUGUCCUACUACACCAUCUUUUGGUAAUCUGGGGUUGAUGCUGAUGAUGGUUGAGAGGAACUGGGUUCGGCAACUCAAAAGAUUGCAAGAAACUUCCAGAAAGUACCAGUUGGAGCUAUGACAGAAAGCUUUGGAGGAGAAUAUAACUGUAUAUUUGGGACAGGUUGUUGGAAGACCCACAUCACGAGCUGGGUCACUUGAUAAGGAAGCCCCAGAAAUAGCACAUGUAUUUCUCGCCCCUACGCCUAAGGUGGCUCUGUUUCAGCAGGUGAGGGCUACUGCAGUUCAAUGUGUAGAGGCAUUGCAUGGCCUCUUUAUCUGGUGACAAGGUGUCACAGGAUCCAGUGACAAAACAAGCAUAGGAAAUGGAGUUUUGACGUAUGAAAAUGCAGUUAGUAAAGCUGGAAUCUAAAGUUUUUUGUAUUCUGGUUUUAUUCAAGUGAAUUUGUAUAAUUACAUAUAGUGAUUUAAGAUUCUAUAAUGUAAACAUGGUGUUAGAGGUGUCUUUUGGAAGACUGACAAUUGUGGAACUUCAUUAUUUGUUGUAUUCUGUAUUGUGUGUCCGCACACAAAUUGGUCUCCCAUUUAACCUCAUAGUAUACCUGAUCUGUUUUCAGAUUCAGUAGAUUGGCUUAUGUCUAAAAUGCAUGAACUUAAAGGCUCUACGGUUGCUGUGGACUCGGCCACUCCAGAGGAGUGCUAUAAUUUAAUAUGCUUCUUGCAUUGAAAAUUGAA